AUGCGAGCGCUGUUCGACGCCAUCAACCAAAAGAAGAAGCAGGUAGACGCUCUCAAAAAAGAAAACCAGCCGUGGAUACGGAAGGCUGACGAAAUCAUAUCGGAGAAGAAGAGAGCGGAGGAAGACAUACACCAAGGGCUACAGCGUAAAAAAGGACGCGUAGAGAAACAGAUAGAGCAACUUAGCGCCAUCUACUCUGAUAGUGGUAAUAAGGGGACGAAGAACAACGGCCAAGAUGCAGUGGAAGAGGCAAAAGAGGUCCCGGAUGCCGAAAUAAUCAAGCAUCUGAGGAGUCAUAUGCAGCCGGCGGUGCUUUUUGGGGAGACUAAAGAGCAGAGGUUCAAACGGCUGUACGAAGUGCAACUGAAGAACAACAUCACCAAACACAACCAAAAUGUGUUCGUAGAGACCAUAAUUGGGCGGAAACAGCGCACAGCGUCGAGCGUAGACACGCAUGACGAUGACACGAUAUUUGAGGAAUGUGACGCCAUACCAGAAGGCACUAAGCAUCGCAGGAUCGGAGGGUGGAUUGCAAAAAUGUUAAAGCAAUGGCAACAGGAGGUCGUUGCACAGCGAGAAGAGCACCUACAGCAGGGGAAUAUCGCAGAAGCGAAGCGUCGGGAUGCUAUGCUAGCGCAAACGAAAAAGGACCUGCAGCCGCUGGUGCGACUACUCAAGACCCAGACACUUGAGGAAGACACACUCAACAAAAUACACAAAGUGGUUGAGUGCUGUGAAAAGGGUGAGUAUAAGGAGGCGCAUGAUGCGUAUAUGAUCCUGGCCAUCGGGAACGCCGCGUGGCCCAUGGGAGUCACUAUGGUGGGAAUCCAUGAACGCGCUGGGCGCUCAAAAAUUUGUACCUCGGAGGUAGCCCAUAUACUGAACGACGAGACCACCCGAAAGUACAUUCAAAUGAUCAAGCGGCUGCUCUCGUUCGAUCAGAAGACAGCGCCAGUGGACCCAUCCAAACUGGUGCAGAUAUCUACAUCGCAUAUAUAG